GCAUGCGUCGCGAGUGCGUCCGUCGUCGUGGAAACGAUUUGUUUACGUCAGAGGACCGUUCGAUACGGAAUUGCCUGUAAACAUCGUAAAAUGAAACUCAAGCGGUUCCUUCUCAGAUAUUAUCCACCGGGGAUCAUCUUGGAAUAUGAAAAAGAAGGAUUAUUGAAGACCAAAUCAAUGGACCUGUUGGAUUUGACUCCCGAAACAAACCCAGAUGAGUUGCUGGGAGAGAUCCGUCGAUCAGAGCCUCUGGUCACUGAGUCCCGGGCUGAUCAGGUCAAACAGCUGAUCCUUCGCCUUCAGCAGAAACAGGGCCAGAAGGACCAGCCCGGGUUCUGUUUCUCCAAGAGCCUUAAAGCACACAUGCUGCCGCUGACAAAUGUUGCCUUUAACAAAUCAGGGUCACGGUUCAUAACUGGGAGCUAUGACAGGACAUGUAGAGUUUGGGACACGGCCUCGGGCACCGACGUGCACACUCUGGAGGGCCACAGGAACGUGGUUUAUGCGAUUGCAUUCAACAACCCUUACGGAGACAAGAUUGCCACCGGCUCUUUUGACAAGACGUGCAAACUGUGGUGCGCCGAGACGGGCAAAUGUUUUCAUACCUUUUGCGGACACAGGGCAGAAAUAGUGUGCCUGGCAUUCAACCCCCAGAGCACGCUGGUAGCCACAGGUAGCAUGGAUGCCACUGCCAGGCUGUGGGAUGUGGAGACUGGGGAGGAGGCGGCCACUCUGACUGGUCACACUGCAGAGAUCCUGUCUCUGUGCUUUAACACUGUGGGAAAUCAGCUCGUCACCGGCUCCUUUGACCACACCGUCGCUAUAUGGGACGUUGCUUCAGGAAGACGUGUCCACAUUUUGACUGGUCACAGAGGGGAAAUCAGCAACGUUCAGUUUAACUGGGACUGCUCCCUCAUAGUCACAGGCUCCAUGGACAAAACCUGCAAGUUGUGGGAGGCAGUCAGCGGGAAGUGUGUGGCCACCUUGGUUGGCCACACAGAAGAGGUGCUAGAUGUGUGUUUUGAUCUGAGGGGUCAGCUCAUUGCCACUGCUUCUGCCGAUGGGACAGCGAAGGUGUUCAGUUCUACCACACAUCAGUGUCUUGUGACCCUGCAGGGCCAUGAUGGAGAGAUCUCCAAGGUAACUACUUGCUAUCGGUUCUUCUUGUCUCUCAAGUAACACAUCUUUGCUUGCGUUUGGGAAACAGAGUAGCACCACUACAUCUCUCCUGGCCAUGACUGUAAGUAGGACAUUGCUCUCCGCUUGCCUUGGUAACACGGGAUAAAGUGUGACGCUGAAGUAGAGCGACAGGAGUUCAGGCUGCAGGCUGUUCAGUGCUGACUGUCACAUGGUACAACUCUGCAAGUAGGACAUCGGACUGUAGUAAAGCUACUGGAUGCUUUCGAGGUAGCGCUCUGUGAGAAAUAACAACUAGCAAAUGGCCUUUCUGACCAUGAGUUAGCAGGGUCGGACCUCGUAUUAUUAACCUCUGAACUCGGCCCCCGAAUGUUGUACCCGUGCCAUCACACGCAAUCAGCCGCCCUCAAGAAGAACAUUCCCUGUUGCUACAACAAGGCCAAACACACACUCUGGCAUCAGUUGUGUGCGUGUAUGUUUUAUUCGUAGCCUGCAUGAAACUUGCACUCCAGUGAUUUUGCCAACGACCCAUUUUCCUUUCCUUGCUUUUCCCAAGUGUGUGCGCCCUGCAGGUUGUGUUUCUGUACAAGGGGCACAGAAGUUACCCCUCUUCACUAAAACAUCAGGAACUUAGUAACACGUUGGCACAUUUCGGAUUAAGACACUAAUCUUUCCCUCACAGGACACCUCUACCCCUCCCGUGAUGCUUCUUUAGCAGGGCCAUGUGGCCUGGAGACAUUACUGGUUCGUUAGCCAGUCCCUCAAAGUCUCUUUUUCAAUCUCAGUUUGUCUAUCACGAUCUCAUCAGAUUAUGGUGGUCAAAGGUCAUAGUUUCAUUAUCUUUUCCCACACAAGUAUUAAUGACCUCUGGAAUAAUGUUGCCGAUCAGGUGUUCUUAACUAACCCAUCACUUCAACCCUUCUAUCAUCGUCUCUUAUCCAGCAUCUCUCUUGUAGCUCAUGAUCCCAGACUCAAGUAGGACACACACACACACACACACACACACACACACACACACACACACACACACACCUCUAAAUAAAACUUACACUCUUGCCACUCUCGACAGAUCUGUUUCAGCCCCCAAGGUAGCAGGAUCCUGACUGCCGGCUCCGACAAGACCGCCCGUCUGUGGGAUGUUCAGUCUGGAGUCUGCCUACAAGUCCUGGAGGGACACA